AUGGCGGGCGACUCGAACGGAGAAGUAAAACAGGUUCUGCUAGCAACAGAAGCAGAAUUGUACAUCGAGGAGUUAAAAACGUAUCCGCUGAAGGAAAUAGGCAGUCCAAAAUGGAUGAGUCAACAUGAGUUUAUCGAAAAACUUAACAUGCAAGUAAGCUUUAAAUUUAAUAUCUUUAAAAUAACUGAUGACCAGCAAUUUAAACUGACAUUAAAUAUGAUUCAACCAAAAGUGAGAACCCCACCGGGGUUUGUGGUACUCAAGGGAACUUGUCAAUGAUUCUCCAACCU